CACCGACAUUGGUAAAAUUUAGUGUGAUUUGGGGCCUGGGUUCAGAAUUGCCUUUUAUUCCAAACCAGAACCAUUUUACCCACUGGAAGACAGCCAGGACACGUUGUCCUCCCCCAGCACAAGUUUACCCCCCAUCCCCCACCUGUCUACUGAUGAUGGGGAGGAGGAGGACUUGGAGAUGAUGUCCUGGACCAGGUGGAUCAACGACGACUCUUCCCGAGGGCUGGGGGCAGAGGAGAUAGCAGAGCUGGAGGAGAACUGCAGGAGGUGUGCGCGGAAGGACAACAGUGUCAGGUGCUGCAUCAGGACUCUCAAAGAAUGGUGCCUGUCAAGAAAAAAGCCCGUAGACUUUGAAACGCUCCAGGGAGACCAGCUCUGCCGUCUCCUGCAGCAGUUCUACUACGAGGUGCGUAACCCUGAUGGCAGACACUACGGCGCUCAGACCAUGCUGGGCUUCAGGAGCGCCAUCAAGACCUACCUGCUCCACCACCCUGCCCAGCCCAACUUCAACAUCGUCGCAGACACGGCGUUCAGCGCAGCCAACAAGAUGCUGCUCAAGGUGGUGAAGGACUGUCCCAUCGGGUUCGAGGCAAAGUUCGGGAUCAAGGCGAUCAGCUUCCCUGAUCUGCAGAAGUUGUUUGCCACCGGGACCCUCAGUACCUCCACCCCCACCAGCCUGCAGAGACUCGUCUGGUUCUACUUCACCAUCCACUUCCACAUCAAGACCAUGGACGAGUGGCUCAUGCUGAGGAAGAAAGACCUCACCCUGCACAAGCAGGGCAAGGACAAGGCCUACUUCACCCUCGGGGGGCCGGGGAGGAAAGGAGAACGACUGGAGGACAGGAUGUACGCAGCAGGCGGGAGACUCUGUCCGGUUGCCGUGACGAAGUUCUACCUGAAGAAGCUGAAUGUGCAGUGCCAAUCUAUUCUACAGAAGCCAGUACGGGGCAGGCUUUUCCAUGGGAGAGGCAGGUGGUACAAGGAUCACGUCCCAGGACAGAACUACAUCACUGCCAUGAUGAAGAACAUCUCUAUCGACGCAGGCCUGAGCCUGACGUACACCAACAACCGCAUCCGAAAGACGACCCGUCAGGAUCUGAACUUUGCCGGUGUCUUCUCCUCUACCUCCUCGAUUACCUCAGAAGUGGUGAACCAACUGAUGGCUCCGUUUGGUCCGUCGCAGUUUGAAACUUACAAUCAUUCCGCACCAGUCACUGCCGCCUCAGAAGCAGUGACCCAAACAGUGGCUCCGGCGGUGGCUCCACUCGGUGUGUCGCAAGUGAAAAUGCCAGUUAUAGAAAUCAACACCACUCUUGGAGCUGCAAUACUUCGUCAUGGACCAGGACAGUCUCAGAGCAUGGCCACUCCACCCAGUCAGCAAGUAGAAGAGACCAACGGACAACAAGCUCAUUUAGACAUAAACCAAGGAUCAGUCAUGGCUGCUACAACACAAAAUUCAGCAAUAGGGCUACAACGACUGGCAGACAGUGCACACGGUAACCUAAAUGAUUUGCUGUUUGAUUCCGAGAGUACAAUGAAGAAGCGUCCCUGGAAAGGUGUCAGGAGAAGCACCAGGAAAAGAAAGUGUGAAUUCCUGUUGAAAGAGGAAGAAGAUGAUGAUGACUGGAUCCCUGGAUGACGAG